AUGUGUUGCAACUACUAUGGAAACUCCUGUGGGGGCUGUGGAUAUGGCUCUGCCUGGGGUUCCGUCUGUGGAUAUGAUUGUGGCUCUGGAUAUGGUUGUGGAUAUGGCUCUGGCUCUGGCUCUGGCUGUGGAUAUGGCUCUGGCUGUGGCUAUGGUUGUGGAUAUGGCUCUGGCUGUGGAUGUGGCUGUGGAUAUGGCUCUGGCUGUGGCUAUGGUUGUGGAUAUGGCUCUGGCUGUGGAUGUGGCUGUGGAUAUGGCUCUGGCUGUGGCUAUAAUUGUGGAUAUGGCUCUGGCUGUGGAUAUGGUUGUGGAUAUGGCUGUGGCUGUGGCUGUGGCUGUGGAUAUGGCUCUGGCUGUGGCUAUGGUUGUGGAUAUGGCUGUGGCUGUGGCUGUGGCUGUGGAUAUGGCUCUGGCUGCUGUGGCUGCCAACCAUUUUGCUACAGAAGAUGCUAUUCCUCUUGCUGCUAA